CCCUCGGUGAGCUCAUGGGGGACGGCAUCGCAGGGGCCGACAGGUAGACGGGACCGACGACUACUCGCCAGACCCCGAGAUCAUGGCCAAGAUCGACAAGCUGAUACAGGACAUCCUGGCCGCCAGGAGGGCAGCCGAGGCGGCGGAGCGGAGGGCGAAAGAGGCGCGCCGCAGGCUGGAGCAGAGCGGUAACGAGGAGGAGCGGAAGGAGGCGGAGGCCGCCGUGGAGGAGGCUGAUGAGGAGCUGGACCGGGCCAAGGACGACCUCGCCGACGCGAAGGCGGGCAUUUCCACAGCGGAAGAUAAGAUGGACGACGGGGAGGACGACGGAGACGAUGUCCCCGACGCCGACAGGCAGCAGGUCGCCGAGAUGAAGGAUUUGGUCAGUGAGCAGGACGACGCCAUUGAGGAGGUCGAGGACGAGUUGCAGAAAACAAAAAAAGGCCUGGCAUCCACGCCACCGCCACCGCCCGCCAACGCCUCUGCGAAGGUCCCGGCCUGUGUGCCCGAGAGGGAGGCCAAGGCGGAGUGCACCUGCGGGAACGAGACGUGCCACAGCGGGGAGCGGUGCUACAUGGCCGGUGGCUGGGCCCCAGGGUCGUCCGGCGUAGGCCAUUGCGCGACGGGCCCUCCGGCGUGCCUGGACGGCCAGAUCUCGAUGAAGGAGUGCCAGUGCGGCAAGGGCGGCGCCGUGUGCCGCGCGAGGGAGAUGUGCAGCCUGUCCGAGGGCACGUGCGCCGAGGUGGGCCUGUGCGUCGACGGGGGGGCGCCC